UUUAAGGAUGUGUACGUAACUGACUGCCGAGAUGACGUUAGCGGAAGUGCUUUAUUAAUGACCAUAAGGACACGGUAGAGAGGAUCACUGAGGGCGCGGGCUUUCUUAGCGGCAAUAAGAAAUGGAGCGAGUGAGGUCAGCGUUCAAUCGAAUGAUUAAAAGUGAGCGGUACAGCAGGUUUACUCUGCAGCCAUCGGAGGACGGAGAAAGACAUGUUGAGGUCAAACUGUCAGAUGAUGCCACAGAGGCCGACGACCAGGAGGGGGGAUCACCGAGUUUCAGGCCAGCACCCCAACUCCAAAACCGUGCGACUAUCUGCUACCUGGCCCUGGGGAUACUGCUGAUAUUUUUCGUUGGCUGCCUGCUCGGUUACCUCAGCCACCGUGACACUCAGCUGCAGCCGGUGAACUGUGCUGCAGAGCCUGUGAUAGAAAAUGCGAAAGAAGAAACAGCAGCCGUUGUGGCAUCGGUUCCAGACCCUCAGUUGAACUGGAAACAAGUGACCCAACUCCUCACGCAGAAACUCACCAGCCAGGCCUUUGACAAAUCUUUGAGCGACUUUGAUCGGCCCAGACGUUCAGCGGGAAGUGAUGAAGACAACAGUCUGGCAAACGCCAUCCUUGAUCUUUUCAAGAAGGAGGAGAUGGAUCCCUGGAUCGGCAUCCACUAUGUUCAGCUGCAGACUCCAGACAGCAAGCAUCCAAACCGUGUCACUUUUGGUUCAGAGGACUUCCAGCCUACAGGAUAUCUGGCUUACAGUGCUACUGGGAAAGCUCAGGGCAAGCUGGUGUAUGGCAACUACGGUCGUCAGGAGGAUCUGGAAGUUCUGCAGAAGAAGAACGUUGACCUGAAAGACAGUGUGUUGCUGCUCCGAGCUGGAAAAAUCAGUUUUGCAGAGCAGGUGGAUAAUGGUGCAAUGAAGGGAGCCUGUGCUGUGCUAAUCUAUCCUGAUCUUCAAGAUUACAGCUAUCCAGUGGAUACGGCUCUCUACGGACAUGUCCAUCUGGGUUCAGGUGACCCCUACACCCCUGGAUUCCCCUCCUUCAACCAUACUCAGUUCCCCCCAACAAAGUCGUCCGGCCUCCCUAAAAUCCCAGCCCAGACUAUCACCGCCAACAUGGCUUCAGCUCUUCUAAAAAAUAUAGGAGGUCCUGAAUCGGAUGCAAGCAGCGGUUUUAAAGGCAGCUUGUUGUCAGUUGAGUAUAAACUGGGAGGCAGCAAGAACAUUACCGUUGAGGUGAACAACGUGCUGGUCGACAAGGAAAUCCACAAUGUGUUUGGAGUCAUCAAAGGAUUCAUUGAUCCUGAUAAGUACGUUGUUCUGGGAGCGCAGAGGGACGCCUGGGGUGAAGGUUAUGCCAAAGCCACCGUUGGCACCUCCGUACUGACAGAGCUGGCCAAGGCGGUUCGCGAGAUGGUGGAGAAAGAUGGCUUCAGGCCCAGGAGAAGCCUGGUGUUUGCUAGCUGGAGUGCUGGAGAGUACGGAAGUGUUGGCGCCACUGAGUGGUUGGAGGGUUACAUGUCUUCUAUUGACAAACGGGUUUUCACCUACAUCAGCCUGGACGGACUGAUCAUGGGUAGUGGGAGCUUUAUGGCCUCAGCAAGUCCGCUGCUCUACAGCCUCCUUGAGAAAACGAUGAAAGCGGUGAAAAGUCCUAUUGGAUCUGGCACGGUGUACGAUAUGGCGGGAAAAACUAAAUGGGUGGCCAAUGUACUAAAGCCAAUGUCAAUGGACGACCCUGCCUAUCCCUUCCUGGCCUUUUCGGGGAUUCCCUCCAUCUCUUUCCACUUCAUCAAUCUCAACGAGGAGGCUUACUGCUACUAUGGCACCAACCUGGACAGCAAGGACCACCUCGAUUACAAAACCAACAAUCGCACCAGUGAAAUGGCGGCAUUGGCGGCCCAGUUUGCCGGACAGAUGGCUCUGCGACUGGUUCACGACCACAUGCUGCAUCCCAGCCUGGACGUGAGCCGCUACAGCAGCGUCGUCAACAAGGCUGGGUACCGGGUCCUCCAACGCAUCAACCAGCUCUCGCAGACCGGUCAGCUGAAGGAAGUGAAUUCCAAGUGGCUGGGCCGCGCAUGUAGCUCCUUCACACGAGCCGCUAGUAGCAUUACAAAUGACAUCGCCAACACUGACAUGAACGACAAGGAGGCCUGUCGGAUCCUCAACGACAGGAUCAUGACGGUUGAGCACAGCCUCCUCUCUCCGUACGUGUCCCCCGUCGAAACUCCCUUCCGUCAUCUCCUGCUGGGUCGAGGCUCCCACACUUUGGCCUCCAUCGCCGAGACCACCGACAUGGAACACUUCCGCACCCAGCUGGCCCUCGCCACCUGGAACCUGCAGGGGUGUGCCAACGCCAUGGUGGGAAACAUCUGGGACAUCGAUGAAGAAAUCUAAAGAAAAAAGUCUGGAAGUUGUGAUUGUGGUGUGUGUUGUUGAAAUGCAGUUUACUGUAGGAGAAGAAGAAGGAGCUCCAACAUCAGCACUUUAGCACAAGCUGUCAAUCAGAGGUCUAAGCCCAACCCCUAAAAACAGGCAGGAGGGUCAGAGUUGUAAACCAACAAAGAUUCAGGAGGUAAUAGAACAGUACGAAACACGUUCUUAAAUGUAAAACAAAUUGAAAUGCUUGAUAAUAAUGCUGCUGACGAGUCUGCCUCCUCUUCUCCUGACACAUCAUUCAAGUCAAACCGUUUGCUGUGACCUCUCGCCAUCAAAACACUGAGAAACCUUAUUUAUACUUAUGUUAUUUAUCAGUGGCAGUGUCCACUAUAAAAUCAUUAUUUUGUCUUUUUAUACGAUGUUAUCGGAAGCAGUGCCUUCCAUAAUUAUGACGGUUAUACUGUCUAAACACCCGGCAGCAUCUGCUACAGAAAUGACUCCUCAACUGUUGCUGACAAAAUGGAACAACCCCCCCCCCCCCCCGCAGGUUAUUUAAAAGGAAAAAAUAAAGCGUGAUGACAAAUUUCCCCUGAUAUUUCAAAUUAAGUAUUGAGAGUCAAAAGCUAGACUCGUAUCAGAGUGAAAACUUAAAGCCUCUGAAUAUUGGGAAAUUCUUGUUUAUAGAACAAUUAGCCUAGAAAUGAAUUAAGACUUGUAUUUAUUCUGCACUUUGAUGCAGGAUGGACUAAAAAAAUAAUACGCUUGAAGGAAAAAUAUUAUUAAACCUCACGAGUAAUGAUUAGUUAAUUUGCAAGAAAGCCAUUUAUGUUGCACAGUCUACUUUGGAACAAUGUAUAAUAUGUUAAAGUUAUCGGGAGCAGUGUCUUCCAUAAUUGAAACCGAUUAUCGGGAGCAGUGUCUUCCAUAAUUGAAACCGAUUAUCGGGAGCAGUGUCUUCCAUAAUUAAAACCAUUAUCGGGAGCAGUGUCUUCCAUAAUGUAAAGCAGUGAUGGUAGUUUUUGCCUACCAGUGUGUGCGUGUGUGUGUGUGUGUGUGUGUGUGUGUAUUUAUCGAGAGCAGUGUCUCUCAUAUUUCACUUGACGGUGGAACAACUUGUCGGGGACAGUGUUUCCCAGAGUUUUAUACUUGAUAUAUUUAUUUGUUUGUCAUUUAUUUUUGGAUUAUGUGGGUGUGUUUCUGAUUUAACUGGAUUACAGAUUUGAUUUACAUCCAAUCAAUGCGAAUUCAUGACAGUUUUCAACAAACCUACUGACUUUAAAAGUACAACAAGUGCACCUACAUGUGAAUUCACUCCGCAACUCUCUUUGCAUGCUUCUCAAUGGCAUAUGUCCGCUUUACUCCAUGUUACUGUACUGCUUAUUAUGGUGUAGUUGUACAUCAUUUCUAUAGUACACACUUUUUCGGGUUUAGCCGCAAAAUCACUUUGGUUUCCAAGCUGCAGAUUGAUGACUUUUUGUUUGACCAUUUUCUUCCCAUAACAGUUGUUUUCUGACAAUGUUUUCUUGCCUUUGAAAUGGCAAUAGGGGAUAUUUAACAGAAGAAACGUGUUAAAAAGAAUAUUAUGAGUCAGUCAACACAAUGAAAUGUAGUUCAUAUCCAAUUUCUUUAUUUCAAUACGCUAAAGAGCAAACAAAACGUCAAGAGCUGGGUAAUUUAGAUCAUUACGUGUAAUUAUUACGCAUCCCUUCUGUUCAGCUUGAUAUUGUUGCAGCCUUUGUUUUUCUUUCCUGCAAGAUGUUACAAGAAUUAAAACAAAGGUUACUGAACUCUGAAAGGUUGGGAAAUUAGUUUUCGCUUCAUUGUGUAACUCCAACUGUAAGUUUCAUCACUCAUUCUUCAUGUUUCUGUGCUCUCCAUGUUCAGCGGAACAAUCUAAUAAACCCUUUUGGCUCAGCAUCCA